AAAAGUCCAGAACUCCAUACGCGCGUGACGGGCGUCAGCCAUUCUCUACUUCUUAAGACUCUUCCUCUCUUGCGCGCCCUCUCUCUCUCUCUCGUUCCAUGCCGUCGCCACUGUCCUCUCUUCGUCCCGUCUCUUCGUUGCGCCCUCGCCAUGGCUUCUAACCUCGCUCACGACCAGCACAGUGCCGUCUUCGACGACAAGGCCUACCGCAGACCCUCCAAGCAGCCAAGCAUAGCGAACCGCGACCAUGUCGACUCCGACGUCAACUCGGCCGACGACGUGCUCGAGGCCAUGGGCUAUACCUCUGAGCUGAAGCGCACGCGCUCGACCUUUCACGUCAUCUUCAUGUCCUUCGUGCUCGCCUCCAUCCCAUACGGUCUGGCAACGACCUUCUUCUACCCGUUGAUCGCCGGCGGUCCCGCCAACAUCAUCUGGGGCUGGGUCACGGUAUCGUGCAUCAUCCUCUGCGUGGCCGCGUCGCUGGGCGAGAUUACGUCCGUGUAUCCUUGCGCCGGCGGGGUCUACUACCAGACCUUCAUGAUCGCCCCGCCGAGCAUGAAGAGGAUUGCGUCGUGGAUCUGCGGCUGGGCCUUUGUCGUGGGAAACAUUACCAUUACGCUUGCUGUCAACUUUGGAACCUCGCUCUUCCUGAUUGCCUGCAUCAACGUGUUUGAGAGUGAGCCCGGCGUGGGCAUCCUUGCCGGUGAGCCCUAUCAGGUCUAUCUCAUCUUCCUGGGCAUCACCCUGCUGUGCAAUGCCGUGUCCGCGCUGGGAAACCGGUAUCUGCACUGGCUUGAUACUUUUGCCAUCUUUUGGACACUCGCUGGGUUGAUCGCCAUUGUUGUGACCGUGCUCGCCAUCGCCAAGAACGGUAGACAUUCCGCCAGUUAUGUGUUUGGGGAGUUUGACCCGUCCAAUUCUGGAUGGGGCAGUGCUGGUUGGUCGUUCUGUGUGGGCCUCUUGCAGGCUGCGUAUGCGACUUCGUCGACUGGAAUGAUUGUCUCUAUGUGCGAAGAAGUCAAGUACCCAGCAACCCAAGUCCCGAAAGCCAUGGUCGCCACCAUCGUCAUCAACACCUUUGCCGGUCUCCUCUUCCUCAUCCCGCUCACCUUUGUCCUUCCUGACAUCCCUGAGCUGGUUGCCCUCCAAUCCGGCCAGCCCGUGCCAUCCAUCAUCAAGUCCGCAAUCGGCUCUUCUGGCGGCGCCAUCGGUGUACUCACACCACUCCUCGUUCUCGGUCUGUUCUGUGGUGUCGGAUGCACGACCGCCGCAUCACGCUCAGUCUGGGGCUUCAGCCGUGACGGUGCCAUCCCCGGCUCGAGGCUGUGGCGCUCUGUAAACCACAAGCUCGACGUCCCGCUCAACGCCAUGAUGCUCAGCAUGGCAGUGCAGUUGAUCCUGGGCCUGAUCUACUUUGGCUCUGCGGCCGCAUACAAUGCCUUCUCGGGCGUUGGUGUCAUUUGCUUGACGACCUCGUACAUGGUGCCCAUUGCCGUCAGCUUGCUCGGCAGGCGUGCGCACCUCAAGGAUGCAAAGUUCAAGCUUGGCCCCCUGGGCAUUUUCUGCAAUAUCGUUGCCAUCGCCUGGUCCCUUCUUGCCAUCCCCCUCUUCUGCAUGCCUUCGUACCUGCCCGUCUCCGCACAAACCAUGAACUACGCCUCCGUCGUCUUUGUCGCUUUCCUCCUCAUCUCCGCGCUGUGGUAUGUCGUCUGGGGCAAGCGGAACUACCAGGGCCCACCGAUCCAGGAUGAAGACCAAGUCACGCAGAGGAAGGCAAGCAUCAGCGCCGGCGGUCCGGUCGAACUAUAGAGACACAGCUCCGUCAUACCGUUGACCUGCCCGUCCGUGUACAUGUACAUAUAUAUAGUGGUGGAUUAAUCGGGAUAAGUAGCUUUGUGCAAUGAGAUACCCCAGUCGUCAGUCUAUGUUGGAGCAUGUCGCGCGUGUGUGUGUGACUGCGUGUGGAAUGAGUUGUGAAUAGUGCUACUGUGCCGCAACUCGCAGACACCACACACAGUGUAGUGAAUGAAUCAAGCUGUGAUGGCAAGUUUGUGGGCGGUAUCAGAUAUACGUGACUGGGGACGUGCUGGCGGAUCUGACAUCGCAUGUGUGCAGACGGGCCGACCCAUCUCCAACUUAAUUACUCGGAUCGUCAUCUCGAUCGUGAUC